AUGCGUUGUCUUGUGUCCUCCAUCGUUUCUGUUCCCCAAUUAAAUUACUCCACCACACCACCACCGACUACCCUCGAUCUCCAAAUCACCAACACACCAUCAGGUCGGUGUUCUUUACAUUCUCCGUCGCCACCGUGCCUACCACUGCCAUCGAUAGAGAUUUGGGACCAACACAAGAGUAUCCAUAGGAAGCUGCCUUUUGACAAGGCUACGUUGACUCUCUCGCACUCCUCAGCCAACCAGUGCAUCCAAUCAGCUUCGCUUCUUCUUCAACAUCUGAUGCCAACUGAGUUCAGGCCAUCGGCAGAGCUAAUCCGACAGACCGCAGGAGAAUUGAAAUUGUGCCCAAACUUGACUUGUGCGCUUCUUCUAAAGUUAUGCAAAUUUACAACUUCAGACAGAGAAAUAGGAUAUGUUAAAGAAAAGGAAUCUGAUUAUUUCAUAAUACUAGACAAUCUGGGAACCAUAUGUUCUUCAAAGAUCCUGAACAGGACCAUAUGA